CUCCCCUUGCAUAAACCUUUAUUCUAAGAGCGUCUGGCUACAGCUAAAAAGCUGAGAAAGCAACUGACAUUUGAUUUGUGGACCUUCACUUCCUCCAACAAACCGUCUCGAAGACUUCCUGCCCUUAUGCGUGCGCACGGAAAGGGAUCAAAUCCCAACGAACAUGCGCAGUAGCGUAGUAAAACGUGAGCUAUAAAAUAUAGAGUAACUCCUCAUGUGACAGUUGUAGUAUUUGCAGAACCAUUUUAGGAAAAACCGCUACCCCUACUGUCACGCAAAGACGGGGUGUCGCUCAAUCCAAUUUGCGGAGCCCCCCUGACCGACGCAAAAAAAGAGAUGACGGUAGGAAGAGAAGCGGUUAUGUCUGUUUCUCUCUUUGGCGCAAUAUUGUUUCUUUCUGCUGUCCUACCUGCAACUCAACUAACUCCAGUGUUCUGGAGGUAUGUCACAGCACCUUUGGGCUCAAAUGUGACACUGGAGUGUGUUGUAAACCAGCCAGUACUUGCCUGGAGCAUCAACAACUUGCAACUGCUGGACCAGACCUUUAUCAAUAACCUUCAAGAAAGCGGGUAUUUGGUGGAUAUUAGUGCCACAGAGAGGGUUCCUGCAGGCAAUAAAACUACCAUAACCAUCCCAGCCACUCUCUUGGUGAAUGAAACUGUUGGUAAUAUCUCCUGUCACGCUGGACCAACUCCAUUCCAUUUGACCAGUGCAGAGAUUUUCACUAUAACUGUGUAUGGUCUCCCUCUAGCCCCUGGUGACUAUAAGGUGUCAGGAGACGUCCCUCACCAGUUGAGACUCAGCUGGAGUCCUCCCUUCACUCUGCAAGGAGAGACAGUCUUCUACUCUCUGGUGGUCACAGACCUGGACACUGGCUCCAGACAGACCCUGGGUCCUCUCUCUGACACUGCCUACACCCACCAGGUGUCACAGGCCCAGGCUCUGAACUGUCACCUCUUUCUCUUCUCUGUCUUCUCUCUCAACAAAGUCGGUCUCUCCAUCAACUCCUCAUCUGCUCCUCCUGCCAUCCAUCCCUCUGCCCCAGGGCAACUGGAACCAAUAAAAACUGAAGUUACUCACAAUAACAACAACACUCCAGAGACAAGAGUUGUACUCACUCUAAUAUUAGAGCAACCAUUGUCUUGCUUCCCACAAUACUACUCUGUAUCGAUUUCCAAAUUUGUGGAUGAUGAGCUAACAGAGGUAGAGAGUGCACCUAUUACGGUCACCUCAGUCAAUGGCUCAGACAUUAUUGAGGUGGCAGGUCUGAGAGAGAACGCUCGCUACUCUGUUGUCCUCUCUGCCAGCAACCACUUCCAGUUCUCUAUUGACAGCCCAGUGAGAUCUGAGGAGAUCUCAUUUGUCACCUCGGGUCUCCAGUCAGUGGCAGUCUAUUAUUAUGAGAAUGGGACUGCGAGGAUCACCUGCUCUUUUGCCUCUGGUUCUCUCUCCCCUGGUUGUCUUGUCUCUAUGUCUCUUAAUGGAAGUUCUGCCACUAAUAUCAUUCAGACCACUAGGAGUACAGAAGUUCUGGAGGUUGUACAAUCCCUUUUCAUUAAAGGACUUCCAUCAUUUGUGGAGGGCAGGGAUUUGAACAUGGACGAUACAUUGGUCAUUCCUGGCUCUAUUUCAUCUGUUCCCCCAAAGGUUAUGGGACUUAUCGCAGACUUUAGUUGUGAUUUGAACCAAAAGGAUGAUGUUGCGCUACAGAUCAGCUGGGUGUAUGGAAUGAGGCAGGAGGGAGUAGAGUAUCCCGGGGAGACUAGAGUCAGACUGGAGCUGAGUCCCGGGGGCACUGUCUGUUCUGAUGUGACGGCUGGUGAUACCAGUUGUAUUGUGCUCAUCCCCAGAGGUGUCUAUGACAUCACUCUCACUCAGACCAAUGACAUCGGCUCUACUGUGGAGCAUCUCGACACGGUUGACGGUAGGUCCACCUUGCUUCAGUCAACACUCUAUAAUCUCACGUGCUCCCUUCAUGAUGUAGUACGAGCAUUGGUUGUUGAUCAAGCAUUUCUGAAAUUGAACACACAACUGGUACUUAUUGUGAAUGUAAGAGCGAACGCUCGCUGUCCAGUGACAGCUGGGUCUCUGACGAUGGUCACAUUUGGUGCAACAUCAGUGGCUGGUGGAGAUUGCGACGGUCAAUGGAAUUCCACUGAAAUGAUCAUUUCGUCAGGAGAAUCUGUCUCUUUCUAUGCGGACACUGACACCAUCUCUUUGACAUCUGAUGAGACCUUUUGCUUUAUUGUGAGUGUUGAUAGAGUACCAGGUGAGUCAAAAGUGAAGUUGACAGCGUCAUUAAUAUUAAAUAUUUUUGGAACAACAGCAAAGGACGAUUUUCUAUCCACCCCCACAAGAGACACUGAAUGUGGGGACACCAAUGUGUUUGUUGACGGAGCAGCUGGAGGUUUUACAGUGGCUGCUUCGGUGCUGGUGGUGCUAUUGGUGGGUCUGCUUCUUGGCUGUAGCGGGAUGUGGUUCCUAAUGAGGCAAGGUAGUUGCUGCAAAAGAGGAAUCUCUGUUGACCAACAUGAGAAAGAGCUAGCCGCCAUAUAUGAUGAGCCAGCAGCAGUGGGAGGAGCUAUUUGCAUGUCGGAAAACCAGGCUUAUGGCCAGGUUUCACUGUGCAAUAGAAACUAAAAGCUAUAUGUAUCAGGACAUAUAAUAUGGCUAUAACUCAUAUCAGACAAUGUUGUGUAACUCUGCAAUACAUAGAGCAUAAGGCAGUUAUUAUUGUGUAGUUGUCCAGUGUUCGAUCCCUUGAUACUUAAGAUAUCACGACAAAUAGAUGAUGCAAGAGCAAAGCUCUUUAGGCUUGUUGGCUUUCAUCAGUUUAAAAAACGAGGUAGCAAGGCAAAGGCCGAGCAACAUGUCAACUACCACAAGCCACUCUCCAGGAAAUUCUAAAGGCUACCGCAUA